AUGCGACCGCCGCCGCCGCGGACGUCGUGCGUGCACCAGGUCGCGAUCCCGGAGUGCUGGGACGGCGACCGCGACGCUCUGAACAACCCGACGUACGACGGCGCGCGCGCCAAGGCGUACCCGUUCGUCCUCGACGCGUUCCAGGAAACCUCCAUCGCGGUCCUCGAGAGAAACGAGAGCGUGAUGGUCGCCGCGCACACGUCCGCGGGGAAGACCGUCGUCGCGGAAUACGCCAUCGCGAUGGCGUUCCGGGACAAGCAGAGGGUUAUAUACACCUCCCCGAUCAAGGCGCUGUCGAACCAGAAGUUCCGAGAGCUCGCGGAGGAGUUUGGCGGCGACGCCGGCGCGGAGGUGGGUCUCAUGACGGGCGACGUGUGCAUCAACAAAAACGCGACGUGCAUCGUGAUGACGACGGAAGUCCUGCGCGGGAUGCUGUACCGCGGGAGCGAGAUCGUGCGAGAGGUCAAGUGGAUCAUCUUCGACGAGGUGCACUACAUGCGGGAUAAAGAGCGAGGCGUCGUGUGGGAGGAGAGCAUCAUUCACGCGCCGGAGGGAAGCAAGAUGGUCUUUCUCUCCGCCACGCUGCCCAACUCGUUUCAGUUCGCGCAGUGGAUCACUCGACUGCACGACCACCCGUGCCACGUCGUGUACACGGACCACAGGCCCACGCCGCUGCAGCACUACGCGUUCCCGAAGGGCGGGUCCGGCUUGCAUCUGAUCGUGGACGACCGGGGGAACUUCCGGGAUGAAAACUACCGAGCGUUGUCGAACGCGAUCGACGACGUCGAGGCGAAGCGCAAGGCGGGCGGCAAGGGCGGCGGGAGAGGCGGCGGCGGGCGCGGCGGCGGGCGCGGCGGAGGCGCCGGCGCCGGGGGCGACGACGCGGGCGGUGAGGACAUCUCCAAGGUCAUGACGAUGAUAAAAAAAAAAGACAUGUAUCCGGUGAUUUGCUUUUCCUUCUCGAGGCGAGAGUGCGAGGAGCACCCGAAAGCGCUGAAGAACGUCGACUUCACGAACGACGAGGAGAAGGCGCACAUACGGACGAUAUUCAACCACGCGCUGACGCAGUGCAUGGCGGAGGAGGACCGCGAUUUAGACGCGGUGACGAAGAUUUUGCCUCUGCUCGAGAAGGGCGUCGGCAUCCAUCACAGCGGGCUGCUGCCCAUCGUGAAGGAGCUCGUCGAGAUUCUCUUCGGCGAGUCGCUCGUGAAGUGUCUCUUCGCCACGGAGACGUUCGCGAUGGGGCUGAACAUGCCCGCGAAGACGGUCGUGUUCACGUCCACGGAGAAGUUCGACGGCACGGAGAUGCGUCUGCUCGCGCCCGGAGAGUACACGCAGAUGAGCGGCCGCGCGGGGAGGAGAGGCAAGGACGACCGCGGGACGUGCAUCAUCAUGGUGGACAAGAAGCUCGAGAAGGAGCAGCUCCGCGGGGUGUGUCUCGGGACGCCGCAGCCGCUGAAUUCGGAGUUCAAGCUGACGUAUUACUCCAUCUUGAACCUCCUGAAGCGCGCGGAAGGGGUCGUGAACGCGGAGUACGUCAUCGAGCGUUCGUUUCAUCAAUUUCAACACGCGGAGGCGGUGCCGAGACAUAAAGCGCGCUUAGUCGAGAUCGAAGAGGAGAUGACAGCGAUGACGCACGAGCAUGAGGCCGGGGUGAAGGCGUACCACGACCUUCGAAGAGAGAUCUCCGCGUGCGAAGCCGAGAUGCGCGCGCGGAUCGUAUCCCCGGAGAACGCGAUGCGGUUUUUGAAACCGGGGAGGAUGAUUCGCGUGAAGCACGACGGGCUCGACUUCGGCUGGGGCGUCGUCGUUCACGUCGCCGCGGACGCCGCGGGGAACGACCACGUCGUGGACACGCUGCUGCAGUGCGCUCCGGGCGCGAGCGAGGGAAAGCUCGCGCCGGCGAGCCGCGGCGGGCCCCCGAGUCGCGCGAUCGACCCGGACGCGACGUGCGAGGUGCUUCCGGUGUCUCUGGCUGAGUGCGUGCACGAGCUCAGCGCGAUUCGCGUCACGCUGCCGGACGACCUGAGGUUACGAAAAAACCGCGAGAGCGUCGGGCUCGCGCUGAACGAGCUGCAUCAGCGGUACGCCGACGACGCGUUCCCCAGGAUAGACCCGAUCGCGGACAUGGGGAUCGACGACGACGCGUUCGCGGCGACGGCGGCGCGGUGCGAGGCGCUCGAGAAGAAGCUCGCGAAAACGACGACGUUCAAGGCGUUACAAAAAGAGAAGAAGGGUGACGAGGGCGGCGAGGAGACGAAGCGCGUCGCGCUGUACGAGAAGCGUGCGAAGCUCGAAGAGGAAGCGGCGACGUUGCGCUCGAAGGUUAGGUCGCUGAGCGCCGUCGGCGAGUUCCGCAAGGAGCUCAAGUCGCGCGCCAAGGUUUUGAAACGGCUCGGGCACGUCGACGACGCGCUCGUCGUGAAGCUCAAAGGCCGCGCCGCGUGCGAGAUCGACACCGCGGAUGAGCUCCUCGUCACGGAGCUCAUGUUCAACGGCUGCUUCACGAGGCUGGACGCGUCCCAGCUCGUCGCGUUGUGCUCGAUGUUCAUGCCCGUGGAGAAGGUGAAGCACUACACGACGCCGGAGGCGCUGACGCCCGCGAUCGAGGAGCUGACGACCGCGGCGAGGGAGAUCGCGACGCUGCAGAAGGAGUGCAAGCUCGACAUCGACGUGGACGAGUUCGUGGACUCGUUCAAGCCCGUGCUGUGCGAGGUGGUGUUCGACUGGAGCAAGGGCGCGCGGUUCGACGACGUCAUGAAAAAGACGGAUUUAUUCGAGGGCACGGUGAUCCGAGCGCUGCGAAGAUUGGACGAGCUCAUGAUGGAGCUGCAUCGCGCGGCGUGCGCGGUCGGGGACGAGGCGCUCGCGAAGAAGUUCGAGGAAGGCGCGAAGAGUUUACGGCACGGCGUCGUGUUCGCCACGAGCCUGUACCUGUGA